CAUUCGAAGGACGUGAAACUUGUGUUCUUUACGGACGCCAUCGAGCAUGUCUGUCGGAUAGCUCGGAUCCUGAGACAAGACCGAGGAAACGCCCUCCUAGUAGGCGUAGGUGGUACGGGAAAGCAAUCGUUGACUCGUCUCGCGGCUCACAUGAGCUCGUGUAAGUGCUUCCAGAUCGAGCUGUGCCGCGGCUACGACUACACCUCAUUUCAUGAUGACCUUAAAAAGCUCUACUUCUGGGCCGGUGUUGAAAACAAGCCCACUGUAUUCCUAUUUACAGACAGCCAGAUUGUGCUGGAAGAGUUUCUCGAAGACAUCAACAACAUGCUCAACUCAGGCGAGGUGCCUAACCUCUUCGAGGCGGAUGAGUAUGAGCGUUUGAUCAUCGGCUGUCGACCAGCUGCCAAGGAAGUCGGAAUCCCAGAAGGAAAUCGUGACGCUAUUUAUGAUUUCUGUAUCAAUAGAGUGCGCAAGAACCUUCAUCUGGUCCUCUGUAUGUCGCCUGUCGGCUCUGCUUUUCGCCAGCGCUGCCGAAUGUUCCCCUCACUCGUCAACUGCUGCACCAUAGACUGGUUCAUCGAGUGGCCAGAGGAGGCGUUGCUCAGUGUAGCCAACUCGUCGUUUGAGGGAACCGAUUUGGACGAGGUGGAAUUGAGAGUAGGUUGUGUGAAAGUUGGAUGGCAGAAAACCAUUAAUUUGUUCAGCAAAAUAUGUGGUCAAUUUACUCUCGAACAAAGCAACUCUUUAGUAUAUUUGCUGUAA